AUGGGCAGUCCAUCACCAACGGAGAGGUCCGAGUUUGGACGCAAUGUAUAUGUUGCCAGCCUUCCCCUAGACUUUGAUGAUCAGCAGCUCUUUGACCUCUUUGCGCAGUACGGGCCCAUUAGCUCCGCACGGAUCAUGCGGAAAAAGGGAACGCGGGAGUCAAAGGGUUAUGGCUUUAUUUUAUACAAGAAUGUCGCCUCGGCUGCGCUGGCCAUUUCGAGUCUCUCCGGUGGUAUUAUUGGGGGAAGCCGAAUUCAGGUGCGCCUGGCACAUCCGGAUGCCUCCACCGCGUACAAUAGUCAACGGACCUCGAAGAGCAGCAGUUCAACUCCUGGCGGUCGUUCCUUGCAGGCCGUCCAUCAUCCACCGCCAUCCCCAUUGAAGCUGCAACCACAAUCACAGCCACAGCCACAGCCACAGCCGCAGAUGCAACCGAUACCGCCACUUGUCCAGCCGCAUCCGCCAGCGUUAGGGUCAACGGCUGCAGCCAAUCCGGCGAUGAUGAUGGCACCCGUUCAAGUUCCCACACUUUAUCCAACAAUGUACUCACCCACUGUUUUUCCUUUCAUGCCCCCCACCCCAACCCCUGCCAUAUCCGGAGGAACCAGUCCACAAUUAAUGUUGGUGCCGCAGUUUACCUCACAACCGCAACAAAUGAAUUUACAGCCAACCUUUUAUAUGCUUUUGCCAGACAACGCAAUGUCCAACCCUUCUCUUGUGUAA